UCUUCUUCUUCUUCUUCUUCUUCUUCUGUUUCUUCUACUUCUUCUGCUUUCUUCUUUGUUUAUACUGUUAUGAGGAGAUGGCACAUCUUCAUGCUAAAAAUUCUUUAAGUCAGUACUUGAUUUCUCUCAGCGAAUCUGAUACCCACAAUGUAAAGGGUGUCCACAAAGCUCACUAUAAAAAAAUCUUCACCCGUGAUAGAUUACGCCAUAUCAACUCAUAAAAUAAAGCCCCCUUUAAGAAUUCCUUACAUAUGGGUAACUAAGUAGAUUUAAAUCCCUUACUUAAACACAAUUUUGUCGUGCUAUGACCCCGAUGUUAACUCAGUACUUCAACCUUCAUUUGUCUUAUUUGUUAGAAUACUUUAAUUCCCUCUCCAGACCUAACAUUCUGUGACACUGUCACAAUUUACCUCACCUCUAUCUAGGUAUAUUUUAAUUUCACACAGUAAAUAAAAGUAAGACUAUUAAUUCAAUAAUUUGUGCACCAGUGUAAAAAAAAGAGAAGCUAUCCUUAGAAAAAUAAUGUCUUCUUUGGGAGAAUGUGGUACAGAUUGUUUAAAAAUUCUUGCACCUCUAAAGAGUUCUUAUUUCAGAAGCAAACACAUAUAACUAUUAUGAAGUUAAUUCAAAAUUAAGGAUUUGGUUUACUGGGUUAGAUUAUGCAAAAUACAAAAGUAUUGUCGAUUCCCACCAAUUGGACAUGUGGGAAAACUGAGUUAACUUCCCCUUUCCGACCUAAAUUUUUUUCUGGCAAACACACUAAAAUGAAAUAACUUUAUCAAUUAUGCAACUUAAAGCAGGAACACGACUUAUAAACAUAAAAAGUUCAAGGAUUUCUAUAUAUGCAUUUGGAAAUUUUCAAAAGGUUUCCGACUUGAAAACACUAUCAAUUUCUCAAUAUGGACACAGGGUGGCGCUGCAGGCUAAGGUUGUGAAUAACCGCUAAAAAGCUUCCUGGUCCUUUGUGUUGCAAGACAGAAUUAAAAACAGGAAAUAUCGCAAGGAAUACCGGUCUCUGGAUGGGUCUUAGACCGCUGUUUACCAUAUGAACAAAGUUUAAGUGCAACCGAGUAAAGACUCAUUCAACCAAGGAAUCAGGAUUCAGCAUUCAAGCCAUUCAGAGGCUGCUAAACGAUUGGAUGUAAGCACUGCGGUUCCCACCAUGGAGAAGCUGGAGAGAAACCAUCCAAACAGGCAAGUGAUACCUUUUCUUCUCAUGCUCUUUUGGGGUCAGGUUCUAAUGGUGCCUCCUCGGUACACUAUCCUGGAAGAAACAGAACGUGGCUCCUUUGUAGCCCAUCUGGCCAAGGACCUGGGCCUGAGACCUGAGGAGCUGGCUGCCCGGUCUGCGCAGGUGGUGUCUGACUAUGACAAACAGCAAUUGAUUCUGGAUCCUGAGACUGGAGAUUUGCUUCUGAGGGAGAAACUAGACCGGGAAGAGCUGUGUGGCUCUGUGGACCCUUGUGUGCUGCAUUUCCAGGUGUUCAUAGAAAACCCAGUGCAAUUUUUUCAAGGAGAAUUAUUGAUCCAGGACAUAAAUGAUCAUUCUCCAGAAUUCCCAGAUACGGAAAUGCUCUUGAAAAUUCGAGAAAACAGCCAGCCAGGCACACAGUUUUCAUUAAAAUUAGCCCAGGAUUUGGAUGUAGGCAGCAAUGGGAUUCAACAAUACAGAGUCAGCCCCAACUCUCAUUUUCAUGUCCUCACUCGAAAUAACAGUGAAGGAAAGAAGUACCCAGAGUUGGUGCAGGACAGAGCCCUGGACAGAGAGGAGCAGGAAGAACUGAGCUUAACCCUCACAGCAGUGGAUGGAGGGUCUCCUCCUAGGUCAGGUACAACCAUGGUUCGAAUCCUGAUCCUGGACAUCAAUGACAAUGCUCCUGAAUUUGUGAACACUCCCUAUGAGGUGCAGGUCCUGGAGAGCAGUCCCCUAGACUCUCCAGUCCUGACUGUCUCAGCAAGAGAUGCAGAUGCUGGCAACUUUGGGAGAGUCUCCUAUGGCUUGUUCCAGGCAUCAGAUGAAAUCCAACAAACUUUCUCAAUAAACGAAGUCAUGGGAGAAAUUAGACUGAAAAGGGAGUUGGACUUUGAAAAAAUUAAAUCUUACCGUGUAGAGGUUGAGGCCACGGAUGGAGGAGGGCUUUCUGGAAAAGGCACUGUGGUGAUAGAGGUGGUGGAUGUGAAUGACAACGCCCCAGAGCUGACCAUAUCUUCACUGACCAGCUCAGUCCCGGAAAAUGCUCUGGAAACUGUUGUUGCUAUCAUCCGAAUACGAGAUAGAGAUUCCGGGGAGAAUGGGAAAAUGCUUUGUGCAAUUUCAAAUCAUCUGCCGUUCAUUUUAAAGCCUUCUUACAAGAAUUUCUACACCCUGGUGACAGAGAGUCCGCUGGACAGAGAGAGCAGAGCUGACUACAACAUCACCAUCACAGUCUCCGACAUGGGCACACCCAGGCUCACAACCCAGCACACCAUAGCAGUGCAGGUGUCUGACAUCAACGACAACGCCCCCGCCUUCACCCAAACCUCCUACACCCUGUCUGUCAGCGAGAACAACAGCCCCGCCCUGCACAUAGGCACCAUCAGAGCCACAGACUCAGACUCUGGCUCCAAUGCCCACAUCACCUACUCGCUGCUGCCGCCCCACGACCUGCAGCUGGACCUCCACUCUCUAGUCUCCAUCAACGCAGAUAAUGGGCAGCUGUUCGCACUCAGGGCGCUCGACUAUGAGGUCAUGCAGAGCUUCGAGUUCCGCGUGGCCGCCACAGAUCAAGGCUCCCCUGCACUCAGCAGCCAGGUGCUGGUGCGCGUGCUGGUGCUGGACGACAAUGACAAUGCGCCCUUCGUGCUCUACCCUCUGCAGAACGCCUCUGUGUCCUGCACUGAACUGCUGCCCAGGGCGGCGGAGCCUGGUUACCUGGUCACCAAAGUGGUGGCAGUGGACCGCGACUCUGGCCAGAACGCCUGGCUGUCGUUCCAGCUGCUCAAGGCCACGGAGCCAGGGCUGUUCAGCAUGUGGGCGCACAAUGGCGAGGUGCGCACCACCAGGCUGCUGAGUGAGCGCGAUGCCCCCAAGCACAGGCUGCUGCUGCUGGUCAGGGACAAUGGCGAUCCUCAGCGCUCUGCCAGUGUCACUCUGCAUGUGCUGCUGGUGGAUGGCUUCUCCCAGUCCUACCUGCCUCUGCCAGAGGUGGCUCGCGACCCCGCGCAGGAUGAUGAAGAUGUGCUCACGCUGUACCUGGUCAUUGCCUUGGCAUCUGUGUCUUCUCUCUUCCUCUUGUGUGUGCUGCUCUUCAUCGGGGUAAGACUGUGCAGGAAGGCCAGGGCGGCUCCUCUGGGUGGCUGCUCUUUGCCCGAGGGACACUUUCCUGGUCACCUGGUGGAUGUCAGCGGUAUGGGGACCCUGUCUCAGAACUACCAGUAUGAGGUAUGUCUGACUGGAGACUCUGGGACUGGUGAUUUCAAAUUCCUAAAUCCGGUGAUACCAAACCUGUUUCUGGGAGAAUCUGAGAGAGAAGUUAAGGAAAGUCCCCACUGCAGGAGUAGUUUUGUGGUCAGCUAAGUAUUAUUGUGAUUGCUUCAUCAUCUCUCAGUUAAGGUAAACUUCUUAUUGUAAUUAUUCUUUUAAGAAAUUGUACUAUCUAAACCUUUCCUUUACCAGUAAUUCAACCCAUGGUAUCCCAAAUAGCUCUAAACUUAUUAUGUUUUAUUAAUACUAUUUUUCCUCAGGAUUUUGUAGUUGUGGUAUUACAUACUCAUUUCCUCUAUAUUUGCACAUCUCUUACUGAUUAUUAUCAUUACAGUUAAUGAAACUAAUAUCUUCAUGCCAUUCUGGAACUUUCAAAUGCACUUAAGAAAAAUUAAAGUCAUGUGUAUUUCUGGCACCUCUCCUUACCAUAUAACUUUAUGUAUUUUUAGGCCUUGACCUUUUGGUUAAGUAAUCUGAAGAGCUGUAAAAUCUAGUACACUUCUUCCUCCUAAACUGUAGGUAAACACACACUUCAUUAAAACAUCAGUGCACGGAAGUUGUGCCACCUUGUAGCCUAAAGAUUGUGGGCUUUUAUUCACAAGCAUGCCAUAAAUGACUUCUCAAAUAAUUAUUAUGCAAUAAAAAUA